AUGUCGUCGUCGUCGUCGAAAUCGGACAUGGAAAGGUGGAGGGAGUUGGUGAUACACGUGCGGCGUCACGUGCGCCACCACCAAAAAAAAGCUCGCAGGCGCAUCGGCCUGACUCCGAUGAGAAGAGCUUUUUCAGCCAGAGACAAAAGACAGCUGAGCGAACUGGUAUCGAAUCUGCAUCCGAAAGAAAUGAGCCUGACAAAGCAAGCCAAGGUAGACAAGAUAGAUAAGACGGACAAAACAGACAAGAUAGACAAAACAGACAAGAUAGACAAAACAGACAAGAUGGACAAAACAGACAAAACAGACAAAACAGACAAGACAAACUCUACAGAAUCCAAGACAGACGUCCCGCCGGCGUCGUUCGUCCCCAUGCGGCCGCAGGCGCUCACGUCCAAAGACAAGGACACCCGGCGGUUGGUGGUGGUGUUGUCGCAGGCGUGUCUUGAAACACACAAGAUCUCGGCGCUGGGCGGCGACAAGUACGCCUUGUUGAACUGCGACGACCACCAGGGCCUCUUGCGCAAGAUGGGGCGGGACAUAGCCGAGGCGCGGCCCGACAUCACGCACCAGUGUCUUUUGACGUUGUUGGACCUGCCCAUCAACAAGGCGGGCCGGUUGCAGGUGUUCAUCCACACGGCCCGCGGCGUGUUGAUCGAGGUGAACCCGAGCGUGCGUAUUCCGCGGACCUUCAAGCGGUUUUCCGGCUUGAUGGUGCAGCUUUUGCACAAGCUCAGCAUCCGCCUGGUCAAUUCGGAGGAGAAGUUGUUGAAGGUGAUCAAAAACCCCAUCUCCGACCACCUCCCCACCAAGUGCCGCAAGGUGACUUUGAGUUUCGACGCCGAGAUCAAGCGCGUGCAAGACUACGUCGAGACUUUGGACGAGGACGAGAGCAUAUGUGUGUUUGUGGGCGCCAUGGCCCGAGGCCAGGACAACUUUGCCGACGAGUUUGUGGACGAGAAGAUUGGUCUUUCCAACUAUCCGUUGUCGGCGUCGGUGGCGUGCUCCAAGUUCUGCCACGGCUGCGAGGAUGUGUGGGGGAUCAUGUAA